GGGAAACUCUUCCGCUGCCGCUUGGUUCCGAGCUACAAACAUGGCGUCCGCCGCGCUGAAGGUUGCAGUGGCAGGCAUUUCCAGAUGUUCUCGUGUCGCGCUCCUGAGGGCGCGUUCAACGACGGCACCCGUCCAUCAGGGCGUUCCUGGAUCCCUGUGGAAGCUGGGGAGGCUGAACCACAUCGCCAUCGCCGUGCCUGACAUGGAGAAGGCCACGGCUCUGUAUCGGGAUGUGCUGGGGGCCACAGUCAGCGACAAGGUGCCCCUGCCCGAGCACGGUGUCUACACGGUGUUCGUGGAGCUCGGCAACACCAAGCUGGAGCUGCUCCAUCCUUUGGGGGAGAAGAGUCCCAUCUCCGGCUUCUUGCAGAAGAACAAGUCUGGAGGGAUGCAUCACAUUUGUAUUGAGGUAGACGACAUUAACGCUGCAAUAGCCGACCUGAAAGCAAAGAACAUCAGAACUCUGUCAGCGGAGCCCCGGAUAGGCGCUCACGGCAAACCUGUCAUGUUUCUUCAUCCUAAAGACUGUGACGGUGUGCUGGUGGAGCUGGAAGAAGCGUGAACAUCUCCAUCUGGCAGGAAUCAUGGGAGAUGUUGAUCCACAUUUCUAUCUUCCACAACAGUGUGAUAUGUGGUCAUGAUAACAGCUCUUCCUUAGAGCACUUCUCUUUUCAGGCACAUUGUUCUUCCAAUUCUGUUUCACUUCUGUUCUUUACUUUCCUGUUUGGGUCAGAAUAAACGAUAGUGUGGUUGGUGUUUUGGUAGUUCCAGUGGAUGCUUCGUGACUGAAGCUGCAACGCUGCGAUGGCAGUACGUUUGUGUGUAACGCAGUAAUGUGAUGCUUUCCUGUCACUGCAUCACAGUCUGAGCCUUAUUCCUGCCAUGAAAUGUUUCUGUGAAGUGCUCUUUGGGUGAGUUUUCACCCACGUUGCCGUUGGCUUUGUGCUAAAACUUUAUUAAAAAGCAUUACAAAAAUA